GGCGACUGCUGCAGCAGCGAGAAAGCGAGUUUCUGUGGUUUGAGAGCUCCUGUCUAAGUCACCUCCGCCGCGUUCGUGUUUGUCGCUUCAUGUACACCGUUUCCUACAUAAAUAAGCAGGAAGGUGACAGCUUCAGAUGUAUUUGGGCGCGGCGAUUGCCUUUAAUAAGAGAAAAAAACGUGAACAGGCUGGAUUAACAAAAGAAGAAAAACUGGAUCGGCGCCCGACGGUGGACAUUUUUUUCGCCUUUUGUAUUUCCUUGCGCGUUGUGGACAUUUUGGAUUUUUUUUCUGUCUAAAUAUUGCCUCUUUGGUUGUUCGGCUACAGACGGCUUUUAAUUCUUGACUGUUAUUAGAUAAAUAUCGUUUUUACUGACGUUUUAACAACGCUCAACUAAAAGGUACCAGUGCGACGCGAAAACUUUAAAGGCUAAGAACGAGGAUAACUUUAUGGUUUAGGGGAAAGGAGACCCCCCCAACUCCGCCUGUGUCCGUAAAGAACACGGACAGAGGCGGCCUGAGACAUUUUGAACUGUGGUAAAACGAAGCGGGGAAAGAAGACCCGGGAAAUAGUCCAUUUUAAAGGUACACAACCAAUUCCGAAGGAAGCGGGGGGGCUAGUCCUGCUGGAGAAGGAAAGUUGAGGUGAUUUUAUUAUUGUUAACCUGGGAGCCCUGGCCCCUUCCAUCUGUAUCAUAAGCUGCAACAAGAAAAGACGUGUCAUAAAUGCCAAGUAGCAUCAUCAGAAGGUCUGUUUGCCUGCUUGUUAAAAAUAGAAGGGCUUGAGACCAAGAGGAGACUGGUGCCUGACAAUGACAACAAAGCGCAACUUAUUUGUACGGCUGGUGCCGUGUCGCUGCCUACGGGGGGAAGAAGAAAUCAUUACCAAAUUGGAUUAUUCUCACUGCAGCCUAGAGCAAGUGCCCAAAGAGAUCUUUACUUUUGAAAAGACUUUAGAAGAGCUGUAUUUAGAUGCCAACCAGAUAGAAGAGCUUCCUAAGCAAUUGUUCAAUUGUCAGGCUCUGCAUAAACUGAGUUUGCCAGAUAAUGACUUAACAGUUUUGCCAGCAUCUAUUGCAAAUCUCAUUAACCUCAGGGAACUGGAUGUCAGCAAAAACGGCAUUCAGGAAUUUCCAGAAAACAUCAAAAAUUGCAAAGUGCUGACCAUUGUUGAAGCAAGUGUGAAUCCAAUUUCAAAACUUCCUGAUGGAUUUACUCAGCUUCUCAGUCUUUCACAACUCUAUCUCAAUGAUGCCUUUCUGGAAUUCCUUCCAGCGAAUUUUGGCAGGCUUACCAAAUUGCAGAUACUGGAACUACGAGAAAAUCAGCUGAAGAUGCUGCCAAAAACAAUGAACAAGUUAACUCAGUUGGAGCGCCUCGAUCUUGGAAGCAAUGAAUUCACAGAAGUGCCUGAAGUCAUUGAGCAACUCACUGGUUUAAAGGAAUUCUGGAUGGAUGGAAACAGACUGACAUUUGUUCCUGGGAUUAUUGGAAGUUUAAAGCAACUUACCUAUUUAGAUUUGUCUAAGAACAACAUUGAAAUGAUUGAUGAUCAACUGGCAGGCUGUGAAAGUCUUCAGGAUCUUUUGCUGUCCAAUAAUGCACUUCAGCAGCUUCCUGGAUCAGUUGGCUCACUAAAAAAACUUUCAGCACUCAAAAUAGAUGAGAACCAGAUAAUGUAUCUGCCAGAAACAAUAGGAGGUCUUACUUCAUUGGAAGAACUUGACUGUAGUUUUAAUGAGAUUGAAGCAUUACCAUCAUCUAUUGGGCAUUUCACCAGCUUGCGCACUUUUGCUGCCGAUCAUAAUUUUUUAACUCAGCUGCCACCCGAGGUUGGAAACUGGAAGAAUGCAACAGUGCUUUUCCUACACUCAAACAAAUUGGAGUCCUUACCAGAAGAAAUGGGCGAGAUGCAAAAACUAAAAGUAAUCAAUCUAAGUGAUAACAGGUUAAAGAACUUACCCUUCAGUUUUACCAAGCUGAACCAGCUAACUGCAAUGUGGUUGUCAGAAAAUCAGUCUAAACCACUUAUACCCUUGCAAAAAGAAGAAGAUGAAGAAACUGGUAAAACUGUUCUUACAAAUUACAUGUUUCCUCAGCAGCCUAGGACAGAAGAGUACCUCGCUGCCUCUGAUAAUGAGAGCUUCAAUCCUUCAUUGUGGGAAGAACAGAGGAAACAGAGAGCACAAGUUGCUUUUGAGUGUGACGAGGACAAGGAUGAAAGGGAGACACCACCUCGGGAAGGAAUCUUGAAGCGGUAUCCAACUCCUUAUCCAGAAGAGCUUAAGAGCAUGGUGAAAACGGCUCAGAACAUAGCACACCGACUGAAAGAAGAUGAAUCAUCAGAUGAGUCUGGAAAAGAAAUAAAACAGAUUGGAGAUGAAUUCUUUACUGUAAGGGAUGCUGGUGUUAAGACUUUGGAACAUAACUGUAUAAAUCAAAAACCUCUGGAAGCAGACCCUAUUGUUACUGUAAACUGUAUGCGGAAGCCUGCUGAGGAUGACUCUAAUGACACUAAAGAUACUUCGGCAAAUGAAAGGGUCAAAGUAUGUGAAAACUCAAGAGCUAUAAUUAACCAUGAAGAUACCCUUGAGGAUUCUGAAGACCUGUCCUCUGAUGAAGAUGAAAUGAAGAUUGCAGAAAUGCGUCCCCCUCUGAUUGAAAUUUCUAUCAAUCAGCCUAAGGUGGUGGCUUUAAGCAAAGACAAAAAAGAUGACUCCAAAGAUGUGGAUUCCCUAUUGGAGGACACAGCUGUUAAUAGCAACCAAAACAACAGCAAUUGUUCUUCACCGUCUCGCAUGUCAGACUCUGUUUCCCUUACUACAGACAGCAGCCAAGACAUAUCGCUCAGCACUCCAGAGAAGGAAACAAAAGUUAUGAUUAUCAACAAAAUAAGGCAAGAUGAUGAAAAUUCUAAUUUACUGAAAGAAACCUCUCCACUGCUCCAGAAUGGAAGUGGUUCUGAUUCAUCACUACAGGUCAUGCUCAAAUCCCAACAAGAAAAUGAUGCAAUGAAAGAAGGUUUAAAAAUAUCAGAUUUUGGCUUUAUGGUAGAAAAAAACCUAGCUUUCAUUGAAAGAGAAAUUGAUUUGAAAAAUGGAUUAGAAGAUCCCUACAGUAAACUGGAUCAGAUUAAUCAGAAUGUAUCCAUUCACUCGUCGGACUAUUUAGGAAAGUUUGGUGGUGUUGGGAAUAACACUGAUACAGUCCAAGAGGUCUUCACAAAUACCAUUUUGCUUAACAACAACAUUAAGGAUGUUGCAGAAUAUCUAGAGAAUGGAAAUUCUAUACCCAAACAAAUACCCAAUCAAAUAAAUGGCCGUUUAGAAGAAACAACCAGGUUUCCCUUGAAGACCAAUCCAGUGCGGACUUCUGAAGUUGGCGUAUUAGCAAGUGUAGAUAUGUCUCUUUCCAAAAGCACAGAAGAACUGUCUCCUCAGAAACAUGGAUCAAUGGGCCCUGUUGUAAAAUCUCAAAGUGUUACUAAUAUUGAAAUUGGUGGACUUAAGAUACACAGCAAUAUUUCUGACAGUGGACCACAACAGUCUACUGCCCCUAACUCUGUUCCCAUUCCUAACAUCCAAGGCCAGUGUAUAGUCCGGAGUAAGUCGGCUUCUCUUCUUGAUGACCAACCUCUUCAAGUUUUCCCAGGUUCCUCUUGCUCUUCAUCUGAUCUUAUUUCUGUCAACAAACUUCUAACUAAAUAUGAUGGUGGUUUUAAUACCCAGAAUGUGCAGACAUGCAAGGGGAAUACAUCAAACUUGCAUUUUACAGGGAGUCCCCAGUAUAACAUUCAAUACACAAGCAGCACAGUGCCAAAAGAUGGACUCUGGACUCAGAGAAUGGUAGUGCCAUUUGAACAAGGAAACUUGGCACCGUCUCGUCUUCAAAGAUCAGACAGUACUGACAGCUAUACAAAGCACAUUGUUAACACAAACUACUCCAACCGUAAUGCUCAGGGAAGCCUAGCAUACACACUGCAGCAAAGAGGAAACUCAAGGCCUGUGGAUAUGUGGGGAGCCCCUGUUCAGAAAGACAGACUAGUGUCAAGUGGUUCUAGGAGCACCUUACAGAGGCAAAGCAGCACUUCAUCUUCUGCUUCUGUGUCAAUGGGAGAAGUUAACCAUCCAAGACGUGUAGCAGUCCCUGAGGGAGACUACUUAACUUAUAGGGAUAUUCACACAAUGGGAAGAGGCAUACCAGUUAACCAUGGGCUUCAGAGACCAUUGUCAGCCAGAACAUACAGCAUAGAUGGACCAAAUGUUCCCAGACCACAAAGCGCUCGACCAUCAGUUCAUGAAGUGCCCGAGAGAACAAUGUCAGUGAGUGAUUUUAAUUAUUCACGGACAAGCCCCUCUAAGCGGGCCAAUGUGAGGGUGAAAUCCGAACACUCAUUACUUGAUACACAAGGAGUCAGCAGGGUACCUCCCGACUGGAGGGAUCAAGUUCUGAGACACAUUGAGGCUAGAAAGCUGGAGAAGACUAUGCUGUCUAGGUCCUUUAAUUCCAAUUAUGUUCCUGUUAGCACCUUUCACUUUGGCAGCUCUAGAGAUCUGCAUGGCAGCCAAGGCAGUAUUGCCUUUAGCUCUGCGGACAGAAGGCAUUUUGGAGCUGACAUGUUUUGCGAUGAUGUUUUCUGUUCAGGACAGCAGAAUUAUGCUGUGAUUACACAUGGACACAAGGAGGUAGCUAUGGAUAGUAUGAGAAAAGUGCCUUUAUCAAAUGGACAAAUGUGCCCAGCGUCUAGAUCUCAGAUAAACUCCGGUCAAGUACACUGUCCGCCCCAACAGGGGACUGUGGUGAGACAUCCAUCGAGAGAACAAUUGAUAGAUUAUUUAAUGUUGAAAGUAAACCAAACACCCCAGUACAAUCAGUCACAGGGACCAACAAGAUCACCCCAUGAAUGUGUACAGCAAGAGGUUCACGUGAAGCUUGAAAAGAAUCCUGAACUGGGUUUUAGUAUAUCAGGAGGAAUUGGUGGCAGAGGAAAUCCUUUCCGACCAGAUGAUACAGGUAUAUUUGUUACGAGAGUUCAACCUGAAGGAGCUGCCUCCAAGCUUUUACAGCCUGGAGACAAAAUAAUUAAGGCUAAUGGCUACAGCUUUGUGAAUAUUGAUCAUGGGUAUGCCGUCUCUCUCCUCAAAACAUUUCAGACCACUGUGGACCUGAUCAUUUUAAGAGAAGUUCCUGCAUAAGGCUGGAGAGAAAAGCAAACAAAAAGGAGUCAAGCGUCUCUAACAACCUAGAAUGAAGAAAAAAGAAUGUUUGCUUUUAUUAUUUUUUUAAGCAAAGAAUCCAGAUAUAUUUAAUAGAUAAUUGACCCGCAUACCGUAAUGAAAUAUAAUGCUUUUGUGUGGGAACACAACUAGGAUGUGGUUGUGUAGGUGUGCAUCAGAAAAGAAGCAUUUGAUAAAAAAAACUGGUAUGUGGGACUUUUUAUCUUGUUAAUGGGGUUUUGUUUAUUUUUUUAAAUGAAAAUUGUAAGAAAUACUCCGGAGGGGUGCGUGCUUUCGUGUACAGACUUGUAGGUUUAUAUUCAUAUACAUUACGAAAUAACAUACUGUGCUCUCUUAGUUCGUCUAAAUUGUAGCCAGUAAGCAGAUGGCAGGGCUAUCUGUUUGAUAAAUAUUUUUGCCUUUAUUUUUAAUCAUCUUUUGUAAAUGAAAACCACUCUGUAGAACAAGCAAAAAGGAACUCUUGGAGGACAGUGCAACGUGCAAAUUGAGAAGGUGAAUGAAUGUGGUGCGGGACUGAGAUUUUGUAAAUGGGCCAGGCAAGAUCUGAGCUUCAGUUUCUUACCGAUGCAGUGAUGUAGCAAUCUUCCUACCUCCGGCAUUCUUGGGUGAUCUAAUUUUACAGACGCCUGUGGUUUGAGUGAAUUGGUAUAUCCAACAACCCUCCCUCCCUGCAGGAUGUUUGGAUGGCUGUUUUCUUGGAUCCAGAAAAGCUUUUGCUGCAUUAUCCAGAAUAACUGGAGAACAUAAGGAAGAGUUUUCAGUCCAUGGAAUGAACAGUGAACUAGCAUGUUGGCAAAAAAGGAAAAUCCUGCAGUCAACUAGAAGUAAAUUCCCACUCAUUUACAAGAUUGGCAAGGAUUUUGAUUAUGAACACAUCUGAGUUUAUUUGUAACCUGCGGAAACCCCAACAGCCAAUGGCCUCAAUAUCAUCUUUAUCUGUAUAUUACCUCUUUUAUGUAUUAUUUUCUGGCAUUGUCCUGUUUAACAGGAAAGCAAAAUGCACUGGCAAAUGCCUGCCUUAUUAAAAGGAGUCAGUUUUAGUUGAGGAAUAUUUAAAAUACUUGGGGAGGAAACCGGAAAAUUAGAUUGUUUGGCCUUAAUUUGCCUUGCCCUAAUGUAAAUGGAAAUAGCAUGCAUGGUGCUAGGCUACCAAAGUCGGCGUUUAAAACUGUGGCAUAAUGUUGGUUAACUACUGAUGAUUUUUAGCAGCCAGGAAAGGUCGUUGAUUCCAAAACUCUGUUUUGGUUGGUGUAUGUUUAAGGGCUUUUCUUCUAGUUGUGCAAAUGUGAAUUACCAACUUAACAUGAAACAUGUUCAGAGUUAUUAAAGGGUUUCUAAUAGCUUAACUAAAAUUGAAACACCAAGACCUGCCUUUAUUUUGUGUUUGAAGCAAAAAGUCAGUAUAGUGUCAGUUUAAACUUGUUAGGAAAAGAGCUUUGAAAUUGUUUUGUGAAGUGCCAUAAGAGACCAUAAACUGUUUGAACCAAUUCACACGACAGUACAAGCAAUACCACAUCAGACACUUGCCCCGCUUCUGGUGAACUGCACUUGAUUUAUACAUGCAAUAGAAAGAAGGGGGUCUCGCAAUUAAUAAAACAAACAUAAAACCCUUUAAUUCCUCUGUACAUUGAUAAUACAGGCUUUUCUACUUUUGAUUUUAUAAUGAAACAUAGGAAACUGAAAUUAAAAUAAUCUUUUGAUUUUAGGGGUAGGGAAGUAUUUGAAAAUAUUUUAAUUUCUAUAGAAAAAGCAAAAACAAAACUACCCCAAAAUGCAAACUGUGUUAAUUAAUGAAUCAAGUGGUGCUGUCUUUGAAAGACACUGCUCUUCCCUUCAUACCUCUUUAAAACUUUUCAGCAUUAUACAAGACAAUGUCAGCAAGUCAUUUUUUUGAGAAUUAAAGCCCAGACAUUUGUAUAGGAAUGGAUGGGGGUGGGCCAAUAAAACAUUUUAAAUGUUAAAACUUUAUGAGCUGAUUAAUUCCAAGGCCCUUAAAAGUAUAAUGUAACUAUACUGAAAUGUAUCAAUGUUUUACAAAUGCUUUUAAAAGUCAAUUUCACAUUGUGUUUUUAUUAUUGUAUUGUAAAAGGUUUUUAAUGAUCUUGGCACUGGAAUAUCUGGCAAUUUGUCAUCUAAUCUGUAAGUGAAAUGCUGGUGUUAUAUUGAAGCGACACUCUGCAUUCAUGCAUGGUAUAUUCUCUGCUCCAUUAGCUGUAUGACUGUUAGUUUUCUCAAUUCUCAGUUUUAUUGGAUUCUUAAGGCAUUCUCUAGCCCAAUUUGAUAUUCGGAUGUGAUCCAAAUUUACAUUACAGUAAACAAAUCAACUAUACAGGUACUUUUAAAUUAAUUCUGUUCUUUCAUCCAACAGUCUACUACGGUUAGUUUGAGAGGACAUGAAUCGGUUCGUGCAGCCUGCUAAGGAUACAUGAAACGCCACACAGCUGUGUAGAAUAGACCAUUUGUUAUCGUAUCUGCCAUCAUUCUUUGGCUAUUUAGUUGUUAUAAAAGAGUCUUAACUUUUGACAGUAGAUAUCUAAGAACAGAUACAUCAUACAGGAUGUGUUACACCUUCCAUUGCCAAAUCAUUAAAGACCAGAGUUUUGCAAUAUUUUUUUUAAAUUCCCUAGUAUUUAUUCUCUUUUAUUUAUUUAGUUACUUUGCAUUUUCUGGUAAACUAGUUUACUAAUGAAAAAUGUAAAUAUUCUAAAAUAAAACCACAAAGAAAUGAAAAUCUAUAAGCCAGCAAUAAAUAAACAACCAGAAAUAAACCUUUUGAUGCAUUACUGUUGAAAUGAUCUCAGUAAGCAGCUACAAUGAAAAUGUUUGAUUUAAAAUUUGCAUUUAUUCAACAUUCCAGAUUUUGUAUAUACUUGUUUCUGAAGUAACCUGUGGAAUGAUAGAAAAUAAACUAAUGCUGUUUAAAGUUUCUUUG